GAAAUCCUUCGACAAAUGUCUUCUCCGUACAAAUCACCAAGCAAAGAAGAAAAGGACACAAGAGAAAAAUUCACUCGUAAGAUGAGUAUGCAAGAAUAUGAGUUAACCCAGGACAAAGAAGAUGAACACUGUUUACAGAAAUACCGCAAGCAAUGUAUGCAGGACAUGCACCAGAGACUGAGCUUUGGUCCCAAAUAUGGGGUCUUAUGUGAGCUGAAAAGUGGGGAUGAAUUUUUAGAAGCAAUUGAAAAGGAACGAAAGAGCACUACAGUUAUAGUUCAUAUUUUUUCUGAUGAGAUCAAGGCUUGUGAGCCACUGAAUAACAGUUUGACCUGUCUUUCUUUAGAGUAUCCAACAGUGAAGUUCUGUAAAAUUAGGUCAGCUGAUACAGGAGCUGGAGAAAGGUUCUCUAAAGAUGUCCUGCCUACCAUAUUAGUCUACAAGGCAGGUGAACUCAUCAGUAACUUCAUCAAUGUUACUGAAAAUCUCAGUGAGGAAUUUUUUGCUGGGGAUGUGGAGGCCUUUUUUAAUGAAUAUGGGCUUCUGCCGGAGAAGGAAAUGCAAGGCCUCGUAUGUGAUGAUGGAGAAGGAGAUAUUGAAUAA